ACGGUGGGUGAUUCCUACGGGAACGCCCGUGGCCUGUUACUGUUUCUAUUAGGCCAGUUCUUGGAGGGUUUUCAGUGACCCUUUUCCAGCUGGUGUUGUCUGCCGCCUGAGCGAUUAUAUAUAAAAUCUGUCUUCACCCAGUCCUACGCCGCUCCACACGACACGGCCGUUCGUCCAAUCGAGAGCCCUACUCCUCUCCCAGUCCUCUCUGCUCGUCGGAGAGCUCUGCCAGAGGAUGGUGUGGUGUGGCCGUGUGGGCGUGACGAAGGCGGCGACGAGGUUCCUUUUCCCCUUCAGGACAACGCAACGUUUCACUCAGCGGCUGCUGCGACGUCGCCGGCUUCGUGUGUACUGCGGCGGAUCCUACGAGGGAGAUGCCCUUCGGCGGCGGAUCCUGCAGGUGGAGCAGCGGGCGAGGUGGGGCACGUUCGACGCAGGCGCGUGGCGGCAGGAUGGGUCCCGACUCCAGCGAGGUGGAUCCGGCACAGGAGUGGCGGGUCUGGCUCCAAGGCGGUGGAUCCGACAUAGGAGCGGCAGGAGGACCAUGGUGGGGCGCACGAGGCGGCGACACACUGGCUUGCCUCUGCGGUGGCGCUCCUCCCUCACCGGUGAUGGAUGUAGCGACGACAUGCAGGCUCUACGACGCGAGGCCCAGAACGAGGCCCGAUCCAGGCGCGGUUAUGCGGGCUUUUUUUAAUUUUUUAUUUUCAUUAACCAUGGCAGGCAAGUGAACUGUCUCGGUAAAUCGUUUAUUUACUGUGACCUUAAUGCCGAGGCGGUUACAAAUACCGCCUUGGUUAAUGCUUUUCGCCCGCCUCAGUUAAUCUUUUAUGUACCAGGACCAUUUUAAUCAGUGACAUCACAUUGUAUAAGACCACGGUUGGUCGUAUCAUUGGAGAUGUC